AUGUAAUGUUGUGUGCUGACUAAGGCUAAGAAAAACGAAAAGUGUAGCAUUAUGUAUAGGUGGAGCGAUAGAGCACGCAUAGAAACUCGAAAACAUUAAAGAAAUUCCAGAAUGAGCGCCAGGAAACAAUUCCCACGCUUAGUUUACUCCGCUCUACAAACAGGUAGAUGCAUGUUUCUUUUUGCAUGACAAGCAACACAUAAUUAACACACAUUUCCAUCCAUAUCAACAUUUUCUUCUUUGCUUUGAACAUGGGAGGCGGAUCAUCAUCCUACAAAGCUAAUAACACCAGAAUGAAGCCUUAUGGGGUGAUGCUGCUGCUUGCAUUUGGAGCUUCACUGCUCGGAGUCAUGGUCAUUCACAAGCUCAGAGAGAGACGCAUCUUUAACCUCGUCAUCAAAGACAAGGAUAAUCAGCUUCUGUCUCUUCAGCUUCUUCUCCAGAAGGAAAGAGAGUAUAUGAAAGAAAUGAAAAAGAAGAGUGAAGAGAUGAAGGCCAGGAUAUACUCCCUCAGAAACCAAAAGAUGGAGACAGAAAGAAGAAUGCUGGAGAUGCAUUCAACAAUUGAUGCCCUAAAGGAUGAACGGAGAAUUAUGGAGUCUGCCCUGGAGGAGAAGCAGAAUGAGAUCAAAUUGCAUACGGACAAAAGCAUGCAUCGAGAGGACGAGGCGAAUUCUCAAAUGAUAGCUCUAAAAGAAAUUUUGAAGCAAAAGGAAGCUGAAAUCGGGGAUUUGAAGAGCCAACUUCAGAAUCCAGUCAAGCUAUGGCCAGUAAACACAGAUGAUUCGUCACUUGCACAGCCAAAUUCAAGUGUGACUGGAAUUUUAGCAGAUGGAGCUAAGACUGAGGGUGGUGGUGGUCAGUUGCACAAAUCUACAGAUUACAGCAACGAGGCGAAUGAAAGUCGCAAUGCAUCCACAAUUCUUAUAACAGGUGAAAAUGCUGCCAGAGGUAUAGAAAAUAGAAGUGAAAGCAAAAUAGGGAUUGUUGAUACUGAAGUCCCCGGAGAAGGAUGGGAGAAGAAACUUGAGAAUUCACCGGAAGGUCGUAGAAACGAUUCAGUUGGAAAAGAGACCAUUGGUAAUAGUCAAGAGAACAUUACAAUUGAAGGAAUUGUCAGUACAGUUGCUGAUACGAAACCAGCAGAUGGAGAAGAGCAUCAAACCGCUGGAGACAAUCAGCUGGAACUUAAGAAUUACCAACAAAUUAAGGAUCAGGAUCAAGAGAAGUUUAGGGGUGGGCUAAAAUUGGAAAGGAACACCACUACUAGAAGAGCCAGCUACGGUGUGAAGGAAAAACAUGCAAAAGGAAAGAAAUGGAGAAUGCUGGCUAGGAACAGAAGGUUAGAGAACAUUAAACACUAUGAAGACAAUGGAGCUCAAGGCAUGAUGAACAGAAAAUUUUCUCAUCAUAAUCAGGAUGAAGUGAGAGACAAAGAAGAGGUAACAACUUCUAAGAAUGAAGAAACGUACAACAAGCAAACAAUGCGUGAAAAUAAUUCACCAGAAGAAACAAAGACACAGGAUUUUUCAAAUGCCAAAUUACUGGAACUUCAAAACACUGAAAACACAGUAGAUCUGAUUAGCAAACCCAUUUCCAAUGAUACAGAUCACUUAGAGAAGGAAGGGAUGUCAAAAAGGGCACAAAUGUCUCAGACUGAGCUGGAGUUGAUGAAUGGAAACUUUGCCACUAAUGCGAGUGAUACCCUAAACAAAGCCAAGCGAGGGAGUCCGGAUGAAGUUGCACAAAAUGAAAGUCAAAACACCAACAACACCAGAGAAGACGAGAACGAAAUAUCGGAAGAAAUAGAGGCUGCAGAUCUAGACCAUGAGACAGAUAUGGCCUCUGAAGACUUCUACAGGGAAUCAAUUUCAGAUUUGGAAGAAGAUAAAGAAGAGUACAAGGAAGAGACAGAAGAACCUGAAUUCUAGGUGAUUAACAACUAUUAUAAGCUUUCAGUCGCCGAAUGAGACUGUUGUUUUUGAGUUUACAACUAGCAUGUGCUUUUGCUUUAUGUAAAAUAUGCAUACUUGCAUGCUUAUAAGAGCAGCUACUAGUGGUGUUUGCUUUUAUAUCCAAAUCUAAAUAGAAAUAUGAUUGGAUUACUUUAGAAAAAGACUGAUAACACUCCUCUUUUAACUUACAGCUCUGUCUGCCGAUCCACAAUUGGCAUCAAAGUUUGAAUUUCAGUUUGUUUCCUCA